GUUCAUAGCUCCCGGACCAUGAACCCUUCGAUACGGGGUCUGGGAAGCGUGGACGGCCAUCUUGGAUUGGACGGGGACGGCUACGUGAGCCAGCAAUCGCAGAGGACGAAGCGCAUGCGCACUAGCUUCAAGCACCACCAGCUGCGCACGAUGAAGACGUACUUCAGUCUGAACCACAACCCGGAUGCCAAGGACCUCAAGCAGCUGGCUCAGAAAACGGGGCUCACCAAACGGGUGCUGCAGGUCUGGUUUCAAAACGCCCGCGCCAAGUACCGACGGAGCCUGCUGAAGAAGGAGCAAGGCGACAAGUCAGUGGGAUCGCCGCCGGGCCAGGCCGACCUGAUCCACGGCAACUCCGUCUCCUCACCCUCCACCAACGGCCGGAGCAGUCCCACGUCCACCACGGGCGGCGUGCCCAGCCUCCAUGGCGGCUGCGACACCAGCAGCGGGUCCGAGCUAGGGUCGAUCAUGAUGGGUUCCCCGGUGGAGGACGACGGCAGCUGCGCUGGCUCCUACACCUCCGAGGGACUCUCUUACAGCGAACUCAAGAAUGCCUCGGAACUGUCCCCGGCCGUGGCCGAUGACGUCUUGACCAUAUCGGCCAUGCCAGCCUGCUCACCUAACCACACUUUAGCGGGGGACUGUCUGCCUUCUCCCAACGCCCUCAACGGCAGCGUACUGAAAACAAAUCUGGUUGACAUUUUCAAUUGACCCUGAAGCUAUGAUAACUUGUUCUGAUAACUUAUUUUGUUUGUGUCUAUCUACGUUCAAUUAAGCAGCUAAUGUCUUGGUUUUAUUAAAUUUUAUAUUUAAAUCAGGGCUUUCUACCGCCAGCAGUCAUGAUUUUGUAGGCUCCUAAACAGACUGAAAAUGGAUCACAAUGUAAUAGUUUACUGUUGUAACACAUUUGAGAAACAUACAUGGCCAUCUUCAUGCGAACGUUCACUUUUUGUUCUCCUUUAUGUCGUAAUUGUGCCCUUUAAUUCAGAGCUUUGAAAAGUGUAAAAUUAUACUCUAGCUUUGGAUGAUCGGUUGGAAUUCCACUGUAAAGUUGGAAUUGUUUGUGAUUGUUUGAAAAGCUCUCGGCCUAUUCCUGCAAAUUCUCAAGGGGUGGACACAACUCCUAUUUGUCCCAUGAGCCACACCCAGACCAUUUGAAUAAUCCCCUCGUAGUGAAUUUCCGUCUAAUCCCAUAGAUACGAUUUAAUUCGCGUCAAAAUCGGUACUAUGAUUUUAUAUCAUGUUCGUCUUUUUAUAAGACACCUCAGGAACAACGAAUCGCAUUUCUUGUAAGUUAUAUUUUCUGUGGUUUAUAUCACAGUUUUUUUUGUACAGGAUAUCGUGUAAAUAACUUUCAAAAGAUAUUGUUUAAUUAAACUGUUGUCUUGUAAAUAAAAAAUAAAAUUUAUCUGUCUCGUAAUAGAUGACCGUAUUCACCGUAUUGUUCCCGGAUUUAUAAUUGUGUACGCCUAUUGAACUGGCAUGUUUUUGACACGAGAGGGCGUUCAUCGAACCAUUGUUUGCUCGUCCUGCUUGAUAAGGUAAUGGGUAUUUCGAAAAUGUUUCAAAAACGAGACAGCUUCUCUUGACAUUGAAGGAAAUCUCUACAAGGUGCCUUGAUCAUGAAUCACAAAAAUGGAUUGGAGUGCAGGACUUGGUCUUGCCAUUGGUAACAUUUCAGUAAAUUUUGAUCUUUGUAUGUAUAAAUGUAUUCGGCAUUUUUGUCGGACGUUUGAUGAUUGCGCGUAUGGUAAGGACGAUUUAAUGCAACGAUGUUUAUGCAAAACAGAAUAUAAUAAUGUAGGUCGGUAUUUUCUACAGAUUAAACCAUUUUUAUUUUGGCAGUCGAACUUCUUCUAAUGUUAUCACAUUUUCUGGAUGCUAAUAAUUACGUAAAUUCACUUGUCAAUUAUAGCAAUUUACAAUUUGAGCGUCCCUUUUAAUAUUUGUGUUUGUGCACCAAUGGCAGUUUUUCACACAUAGGCCUAAUUUAAAUAAACUUUGUUGACGUGCGAGUGUGACAGUUUACUGGAGUGAUUUUCUGACUAUGGUUAUAUUUGGGCAUAAUUCCAACAUGGCGCAUGAGUUGGGAAUGGUCCAUAUAUGCAUUUUUGUAUCCAUGCACUUCUUGGUUUUGUAUGAUUUUUGACAACAUGUGCCUUAGUUUGUGCACAGUUGUGACUUAAAUCUUGUUGCUUUAUAAGUAAUGUCAAAAUGUACGGUUGGAAUGAAUAUUUAUGUAAUUGUCUUUACCAAAAGAAUAAAGAGAAUAACUGUUAUAACGAAUA